CUUGACAGUAUAGAGCAACAUCAAAGCAAUCACAAACACCAUCACACUUCUCUUCAAACCACAGUCACUUCCCAGGUUCAACAACUACAACAGUUGACUGACAAAGUUGAUGACCUGGAAAAUAGUAAAGCCAGAAACUGUAAAGAUAACUGCAUUAAUCCAAACAUUAAUGUGUACAGCCUGCUGCACUUCAUCUUCUAUUUGACAUUGAUAAGAAACUUCACAUUGAAUGAGCACAUCAGCAUGGAACAAGACAAAAAUAGCACAAAACCUAAACCG